CCAAUUUUGGCCUAAACGAUCCAUUAGCGUAACCGUCAAGGGGCGACAGUUUUGACUACUUACAUCAACUCGCAGGUCUUUCAUGGGGUCUCUCAAUGCUCCAUUCGUGGUCUUUGGAUACGGCUCACUGAUAUUCAAACCCCCACCACAUGUCCAAUCUCAGACCUCCGGAUUCCUCAAAGGCUACAUAAGGCGGUUCGCUCAGAAAUCGCACGAUCAUCGUGGCACACCCGAGAAUCCAGGGCGUGUGGUGACUCUUAUUCACAAGGAGGAUUGGGAUCGUUUUUCCCAGUCUGAUGCAUUUCCGGAUGAAGAUAUCGUUUGGGGCAUAGCGUACACGAUUGACCCGGAAUAUGAAGCAGAAGUUAGGGAUUACUUGGAUUACAGAGAAAAGGACGGAUACACAAUGGAAACGCUGCAUGUCUACACCCUAGAGAAUGGGAUAGAGAAAAUUGCAAUUCAGGAUGCUUUUUGUUAUGUCGGUCGGCCAGAUAACCCGUCAUUCAUUGGUUCAGAACCAUUAGAGGACUUGGCACAGCGGAUAUGGGCCUCCGAGGGUCCCUCUGGACAGAAUAAGGAAUAUAUGUAUCGUUUGGCGGAAUCAGUUCAUCAGCUUGCACCAGCAUCAUAUGACUCGCACCUGUUUGCUCUUGAGAAACGACUACGAGAGCUCGACAAAACGGCAAUUGACGAACAGUAGUCGGCCAUUUUGUCGCUGGAUAUCACUAACUUGAGCGUGAUGCGACUCAUUUAUCUACAUACAUACCUCAGAUAUAUACUGGAAUACAGCACAUAUAUCCUACUCUAUCGUUUUGUACCAUAGCGAUGAGUUGGCUUCAGUGAUCGGUUUUGCAUACAGACACGGAAACGGCACCCUCAGUCAGUCACCAGUAACCUUCUGAGAAUAAGUUCUAUAGUCUUGUUCACGCGGGUUGAUGUCAACAAUAUCAUAGGGUUGAAUCUAUAGUAGUUCAUAAUGGAGACAUUCUGUGCCAUCAUCC